AAGGCGAGGUUACGCCGUGUGGGAGGUGUGCAGAGAAGAAGGAUAGCCGCCAUUUUUCCGGAGACUACGGGCGCUUCUGAGUGGCGAGCAACCGUCUACUCCAACAUGGCCGCCUCGCCUCCUUGGCUGCUCUGACAGAAUCACGUGACCCGUCCUCUUCUCCCAGCUCCAUUCCUCUCUGCCAGUGCCGCCCGCGACCCAACGCCGGCCUCAGUCUCCGCCCCGCGCUCACGUGACCCCAGAGAGGCUCCGGUCACGUGCUCGGCCGCUUUGGGCUUCAAGGAAGUGCGUCCAGCCGCUGGGGGGCCCGCCGAUGUACGCAAGGGCCCGGAGGGCCAGCUUGGGACCCGCAGACAGAGAGCGAGAGAACAGGACCGGGCGCGGAUUUCCCCUUGAAGCGGCCCCGUCUCCCUCCUUUCCCUCAUCGCCGCCAGCAGAAGGCGGCCCACGACUAUUUCUUCCUUGACGGAGAGUUUAGCCACAGAGAGUCGCCAAGAUAGCUGGCCCAGGUAGAAAACGGAGAACCCCUGACCCAGACACCGUUACAGACCCAGGGGGCCCAUUGGUUUCCACCAAGCGGCAGAAGAUGUCCCAUCCUGCCGGUGGUGCUGGUCAGAGAAGGGUGACGCGUGGAACUGAGGAUGCCGUCAACAAAAAGAAGCAGAAAGAUCGCGUCAACCAGGAGAGCAAAGAAGGCAAGAUGGCGGCCAGCGGUGAGCCCAGGAAAGAUAUGAUGAUUGACUGGAAGCAGAAUUCCGGGGAAGUGAUUGUAAAACUGAACCCUGGGCUGGGAGCUUUAAAUGUGGACGAGCUGAAGGCUGAGUUUACAGAUACAGACUGUGUGAUCAAUUUCCCAGAAGGCAAUCAAUGGAAUUGUCAUUUUCAUGAAGAAAUCGAAGGCUCUUGCAGUAAAAUUCAGUAUAAAGAAAAAGGAAACUUCCUGCAACUAAUUUUUCAGAAGAAAAUCCCAAUGAACAAAUGGCCAAGUCUCCAGAAGAAGAAGAAAGAUCUUGUGAAGGAGCCGGGAAAGCUGGCUGCAGUUAAGGAAAGUAUAAAGGUAAAAAUCCCUUUGAAAUUGUCUGUAUCUGAUGCACAUCAGGCGAAGCCCACUGCGAACGCAGAGACGAGAAAGAUUAAACCAGAAGUGAAGAGCGCGAGACGGGAGCAGGACACGGGCGAGCUGAAAGCUGGUGCGAGGAGUCCUCUUACACGGAGAUCUGCUGCUACCUCUGCCGUGCAGAGCGGGACACAAGCUAAGAGAGGCUCGCCCCCUAAGACGCUUCCCUCAGCCUCUGCUCGUGACGCCAGUCCCAGAAGCCAGAAAGCUGUCAGCUCCGACGAGUGCCCUAAAAGUGUCAGCUAUAAAGGGCCAAACAAAUCUGUGGACAGAGUCCAAGCUGGGGACGUCUCAGUGCCGCCCAAACCUGCAAGUCACGGAGUAGAACUGCACAAUGGCACAGGAAGCCAGAUUGGUACUUCUGAGAGAGGAAAAGGUCACCUUCCAGAUCCGCAGACGUUGCUCCAACCAGCCAUACCACUAGUACAGCCGGUAUGUUCUAGCGCACAGAGCCACAAUAUGCCAGUUGACGUCGCUUUGGACAUCGGAAUGCCGGCUACAAAGGUUCCCCUACCUUCUUCAGAGCGGGUAACUGAGGACCAGUGUCAGGAGGAGCUUCCAAAGACCCAACCGGUGCUUGACGAUGAGGAAACUGUGUUUGGCUCCCAGUCAAUGGUUACGCCACAAGGUGACAGCUGCCAGUUAGAGGACACGGCUGAAAAACGAGUUCCUUCCAGAGAUUGCAGUCUAGAAGAUACACCAGAAGAUCUUGAGCCUUAUGUGAACCUCACCUUUGUGAAGAAUGACCACUAUGAGAAGGGGAAUGACGUGGUAGUUGUACAUGUGUACGUGAAGGAAAUCUGUAAGCAGACCUCACGGGUGCUGUUUCGGGAGCAGGAUUUCACGCUGAUCUUUCGGACAAGCGACCCAAACUUUCUUCGGCUCCACGCUGGUUGCGGCCCUGACACGGUGUUCAGGUGGCAGGUAAAACUCAGCAAUUCUCUCCCUGUGCAAUUUUGCAGGAACCUUAUUGAGCCAGACUUGUGCAGAUACAACUUCACAGGGUCCCGCAUUGAUAUCUCCCUGCAGAAGCGCCAGUGCCAGCGCUGGGGAGGCCUGGAGGCACCGGCCACACAAGGGGAGAGACUGGGGAGCUUCCUCUCAGCGGAGCUAUGGAGAAAAAAAGGCGCUGGUGCAGUGGGUGGUGCAAAGGUUGCGAUGCCUGCAAGUCCUACCCCCCUUGACAAAACACAGUCUGGUAGUAACCAGCACCCGUUGUCCAGCAAAGAAGAACCUAGAGUGGUGGAGAAGGAGAAGCCCCGGGUGGAGGACACAAACAUGGAUAACGUUUCGCCAAGAGCAGCGACUGAACAUGUCUCUGUGAAAACGGAGCAGCUUCUGGCUUCGCCCAAGCCGACCUGCAUGGUACCCCCGAUGACGCACAACACAAUGAGCAGCGACAAUGCGCAGGUGGAAGAGGAGAAGAGAGUGUGUGUGCCGGGUUUUACCGGCCUGGUCAAUCUGGGAAACACCUGCUUCAUGAAUAGCGUCAUACAGUCCCUGUCUAAUACGCGGGAGCUCAGAGAUUACUUCCAAGACCAUUCAUUUGAAUCCGAGAUCAACUGCAACAACCCACUGGGGACUGGUGGGCGUCUUGCCGUCAGUUUUGCAGUCUUGCUGAGGACGCUUUGGAAAGGAACUCAUCACGCCUUCCAGCCGUCUAAACUCAAGGCUAUAGUUGCCAGCAAGGCCAGCCAGUUCACAGGUUAUGCCCAGCACGAUGCCCAGGAGUUCAUGGCUUUUCUGCUGGAUGGACUCCAUGAAGAUCUGAACCGGAUUCAGAACAAGCCAUACACAGAGACCGUGGACUCGGACGGGAGGCCUGAUGAGGAGGUGGCAGAUGAGGCCUGGCUCCGGCAUAAGAUGAGGAAUGAUUCCUUUGUGGUAGACUUGUUCCAAGGCCAGUAUAAAUCCAAGCUGGUCUGUCCAGUCUGUGCUAAGGUGUCCAUCACGUUUGAUCCCUUCCUCUACUUGCCGGUACCCCUACCACAGAAACAGAAGGUUCUCACUGUGUACUACUUUGCAAAAGAGCCGCACAAGAAACCCGUAAAGUUCCUGGUCAGCAUUAGUAAGGAGAACUCAAACGCCGCAGAUGUCCUGGAGUCCAUCUCUCAGAGUGUCCGGGUGAAGACGGAAAAUCUAAAGCUAGCAGAGGUGGUGAAAAAUCACUUCCACCGCAUGUUUACACCAUCGUGCUCUGUGGACUCCGUUUCUGACCAGCUCUUCUGCUUUGAGGUUUUGUCCCCAGAACUGGCCAAGGAGCGCGUUGUUGUUCUACAGGUUGUGCAGCGUCCCCAGGUGCCGAGCGUCCCGAUUACUAAAUGUUCCGCGUGUCAGAAGAAGCAGCUGUCGGAAGAGGAGAAGCUGAAGCGAUGUACCAGGUGCUAUCGUGUCGGAUAUUGCAACCAGAUCUGCCAGAAAACCCACUGGCCAGAACACAAAGUUGCCUGUCGGCCUGAAAACAUUGGGUAUCCCUUCCUAAUCAGCGUCCCGGAGUCGCGCCUGACUUACUCCCGCCUCGCACAGCUACUCGAGGGUUAUGCAAGGUAUUCAGUAAACGUUUUCCAGCCUCCGUUCCUCCCUGGGAGGAUGUCCGCUGACCAGCCUCCUCAGCCUGUAAGCCCAGAGAAGCCAGAAUCCUCAGCCCAGGCCAGCUGCACGUUUGUAGGAGAAGCUGCUGGAGAUGACAGAGACUCUCACACGGUUCAGCUGCCUGCGGGAUCUUCUGGGUGUCACUCUCUACAGUCAGAAGCCGGAGACUCUAGCCUGCAGGGAAAGACAUGUGUGGAAAGGCACUCUCUGGUCAGCACAGACUCUGCUUUCUCCGAGCAAUCCACGGAUACAUUAAGGGAGUUUAGCUCAGGAGGAGAGAAGGAAACAACGUAUGAAAAAUCGGUCAAGCCUGAAGCUGCUGUUCCCGGUUACCAACAGUCUGAGUCCUCCAAUCCCCACGCAGCCCUGUUCUACAUCAAUCACAUCGACUCCUCUGGGAGAGAGGUGAAGCUGGAUGAUAAAGGCGACUCAGUGCUGGACCUGACGGAUGAUUGCUCGCUUGCUCUGGUCUGGAAGAACAAUGAGCGAAUGAAAGAGUUUGUGCUGGUCGAGUCGAAAGAGCUGGAGUGCGACGAGGACCUGGGGUCUGCGAGCGAAGCAGCCAGGGUCGGGCUCUUCACCCUGGAGCAAUGUCUCAACCUCUUUACCAAGCCUGAGGUCCUGGCCCCGGAAGAAGCUUGGUACUGCCCCAAAUGUAACCAACACAGAGAGGCGUCAAAACAGCUAAUGCUCUGGAGGCUUCCAAACAUCCUGAUCAUCCAGCUGAAGCGCUUCUCCUUCCGGACCUUUAUCUGGAGAGAUAAAAUAAACGACCUGGUGGACUUCCCAGUAAGGGGGCUGGACCUAACCACGUUCUGCAUUGGACAGAAGGAGGACCACCAGAGGCCUAUCUAUGACCUCUACGCAGUCAUCAACCACUAUGGUGGCAUGAUAGGAGGUCACUACACGGCGUAUGCCAGGCUCCCUAAUGAUAAAAACAGCCAGCGAAACGACGUGGGCUGGAGACUGUUUGAUGACAGCACCGUGACCACAGUAGAUGAAAGCCAAGUGGUGACGCGAUACGCAUAUGUGCUCUUUUAUCGGCGGCGGAACUCUCCUGUGGAGAGACCUAUGCGAGGGCACCCGGGUGACCACAGAUCGGACACAGGAGGAUCUACAGAUGGGGCUGCUAGUCCGGCUUCUCUGAUAUGGCAGGCCCUGGAGGCUGAAGAGGAGGAGCUGCAACAUCACCUGGACUUACAGCGAAGACACAGAGCCCCUACCGCCCACGGCCCCACAGACCUCCAGCUCCCGGAGUACGCCGAUGAAGCCCGCCUCCGUUAUUUUGUGCUCGGCACCAUGGCAGCAAUUGUUGCCUUCUUCCUGAACGUUUUCUAUCCCUUUAUGUACCAGUCGCAGGGGAAGUAGAUCUGCCGGAACGUUUGUAGGACCGUCACAGGACACAGGGUCACCCGUUCCUGUCCCCGGCCUUUCUAUCUUACUGUUUAACCGCAAUAACUUAUACCGGAUGUCCGUGCAUAGCGGGAGAGGCAGCCGGAGAACGGGUUUCUUCACACGGAUCUAGUUUAAACAAGGGCGAAACCUACACCACAGGGAGAUUGUACUAAAACAAUGUGUCCAGUACAAAUAACGAUAUCAGAUAUACUGAAAUAACAAGAAAGGGUCUACAGUCAAUUCUAUUCAUUCUACCAGAAUAAUACCUAAUAUUUUAUAAUGAAACCACUACAUGUAACCCCCCCCCCCCCCCCCCAUUGCUUUUAAACUUCUAAACUUCAGUCCAUUUAAAUUGCUCACAUACUCUGCAGCUUAAUUCGGCUAAAUAACAAAUGUCCUCUUCAGGAGAUGUUUUACUUGUGAUUCAUUGUUCUACCACUAAGGGGAGCUGGAGAGCGUUUAGGUGGAGACCAUUCCUGGUCAGUGCUGGACUGGGGCACAGGCUACGUCCUGAGGAAGCUUGUGCUUAGAUCACUCUGUUUUAUAUAUAAUUUAUAUUGUAUCAGUGUAUGGUAGGAGUAUAAACUAUUUUACGUGAGAGAAGUUGGUCCCAGUAAAGGGACAUCGAUGUCUCCUGGCAGUAUGACUGGCUUAUCAAAGCCUAAUGCAAAAUGCACUUUACAUCCUGCCCGAGCAGGGUGCUAGGCAACACCAAGGUGAGUGUUUGUUAGUUACCUAGAGGGUAAUGUGCUUUCAAUUGUUAAGAUCUUGUUACAUAAUGGCAUCACAUAAUCCACAAAGGUAUGUCAUGUGGUGGUUCGCUACAUGUUGCAAAUGCUUUCAUUCUUUCUUCCUUAGGUGAAGAAAUGAAUUGCGUCUAGCUUCCCCAUUUCUCUAUAGCCCUUUACUUUUUAUUGCAUGCCAUUUUAUUACUUAUUUAGAAUGACCGCAGAACAGCCCUCAUUAAAAAAGGGUUCCAAUGUAUAGACUGACAUUGUCUAGGUCGACAGUCAAUAGGUUGACACUGACAAAAUGUCGACACUGGAAAAGGUGGACAGGUUCAAAAGGGCGGGUGUGGAUUAUUAGAUCUACACUGAAAAGGGCUACAGUCAGUAGGUCUACCACUAAUGGUCCACUUGCAUUAGGUCGAUUCGGUCAAAAUGUCGACUUGGUCAAAAGGCCGACACAAUUUCUGUUUUAUUUUUUUGAGGUGUCCCUUUUCUGACACACACAAGCCGCAUUAGUGUACCUCAUCCCCUUGCAUUGCUCGGUACGCUUCUGGCAGGGUUACUAUUCCCAAUCGUAGUCCUUGUGGAUCGUAAAGUAUGAAAAAGUUGACUAAAAUGGGGGGAAAAACAACAACUUGUGUCGACCAAGACCUAGUGCAUUAGUGGCCGACCUUGUAGAACUUUUUUAGUGUAGAUCUAUAGACAGGAUACACAAAAGGCCACCAGGUUCAAAUGGUUGACAUGGCAAUGGUUGACACGUCGACACAACUGUUUAAGGGAUGUUUUUUUGCAUUUUUUUACACCUUUUUCAUACUUCACCAUCCACGUGGACUGCGAAUGGGAAUAGUAACCUGCGUAAGGCACCUUGCCUGCUGCAUUAUGAGCCAUGUAAGGGGAAGCACUACACUAAUUAGGGUUCCCUGUGCUCUACCGGUGAAAACGACACCCAAAAAAUAAAAACAAAUGUUGUGUCAACCUUUUUUUUCUGUCAACCUUUUUCUGUGUCGACCUAAAACAUGUUGAUCAUAUGGGGUUGCCCUAAUGACUGUCGACCUAGACACUGUAGAUCUUCUAUACCACACCCCAUUAUAAAGAAGCAGCCAUAUUUUAGUUGGCCACACUAGUGACCUCACUAGGCUCAAUAGUUCUGCCCACAAAAUGGCUGCCUCCAUUUGUGCAUGUUUUCCCUUCAUGUGUCUAAUUACUAAAUCAUAAACUAUUCAAGAAAUCUUCAUGCAAUUAAAUACAAACUUUCCUGAAGUGUAUAAAUGUUUGCAGUCUUGGUAUGUAGCAGCGUAUGUGCUGAAACACACUACCCGGCUUUUGCCGGCCGGGAAUAAGCCGGACGGCUUUUUCCCGUGCCGGCAUUGUAGUUAACAGUGUGAGGGCUAGGGUCCCUUCACACUGCACGGCCCCGGCCCGGCUGCCGGGUUGCAGCCGGGUCUCACCACUGGAAGGUCCGGCGGCCGGGCGGCCGCGGGCCGUCCUUGGAGCCAGUAAACCAUGUGUGUGAAGGGGAGCUUUCACACACAUCGGUUUUUACUGUAGCCGUGUAUGAUGCUGCGCAUGCGCACAGCAUCACACACGGCUAAAAGCCGUCCUGUGUGACAGACACUGCCGGUUUCUCCCGGAUGGCAAAAAGCCGGACAAAGUUUGUCCGGCUUUUUGCCAUCCGGGAAAAACCGGAGUGUGUGUUACAGCCCUAUGGGUCGUCCAAUUUUUUAUUUUUUUGUGUGUGUUUUUUUUUGUUUGUUAUUCACAAUUUUAUUUGUUACAGUGCACAGUUUACUCAUAUACCCACACAGUGCUGUCAGGCAUUUUGUACCCUGAACCAAUAGUCUGCUCCUAGUAUAUACUUAGGCUGGUGGAGACGUUGUCCACACAGGAGCUGAGGAAAUCUAGAAUAAGCGGGAAACACUGGCGAAGUUGCUCAUAGUAACCAGUAAGCUUAGAGGUAGCAUUUAUCAAGAGCAUUCUAUAAAAUGAUAGGUAGAAGCUGGUUGCUAUGGGCAACUUCUAUACUGAUCCACUUUUUCCCUCUCUUUCACUGCUUGAUACAUAAAUUCCGAAGUAAUUUAGUUUGAGGAGAAGGUGUUUCCUGUUUAUUCCAAAUUUGCUCAUCAGACACUGAGCACUUGAAAUGUAAUUUACCCCAAAAUUGUACCAAACGUUACUAUAAGCGGUGACGCUUGUAACUUAUCUCCUGAAACAUUGGUGGUUUACACAGGUGAUUAAUCAUCCCCCCCCGUAUUUGCGAAUGUUUCCCAGAUGAAUACAUCACUGCAUGUUCCGCAAACUUCAAGACCCCCCCCAUUGUACAUGUAAUACUAACACCGGUGUUUACGAUCCCCUAAUGUGCUAAAAUUCCACGUGCACUUUGAGAAACAGUGGGGGUCAUUCCGAGUUGACCGCUCGCUAGCUAGUUUUAGCAGCCGUGCAAACGCUAUGCCGCCGCUCACUGGGAGUGUUUUUUAGUUUAGCAGAAGUGCGAACGGUUGUAUCGCAGAGCGCCUGCAAUACAUUUUGUUGUAGUUUCAGAGUAGCUCAAAACCUACUCAGCGCUUGCGAUCACUUCAGACUAUUCAGUUUCGGAUUUGACGUCACACACCCGCCCAGCGUUCGCCCAGCCACGCCUGCGUUUUUCCGCACACUCCCUGAAAACGGUCAGUUGCCACCCAGAAAUGCCCACUUUAUGUCAAUCACUCUGCGGCCAGCAGUGCGACUGAAAUGCAUCGCUAGACCCUGUGCAAAACGGCAUCGGUCGUUGUGCGCGUACGUCGCCGCAUGCGCAGAACUGCCGGAUUUUUUUAGCCUGAUCGCUGCGCUGCGAACAAAUGCAGCUAGCGAUCAACUCGGAAUGACCCCCAGUGACUGGUAGUCUCCAUCUUAUUACCUUUACCUAACCUGAGAGGUCAUUAUCCAGUAUUACCGAGGUAUGAGGCUUAAUUGCUGCCUGCAUAUUAAGCUCUGCUAUGGUAGAAUCAGACUAGUCUACGCCCCGUAGAGGCUCAAUGUGGAACACUUCCCUUCUGUAUGUAUCUUUAUUGAUCAACACACUCCAGGGUCAGCUUGUACGGGAGGACGUAGUGUUGGUUUUCUGGGAACUAGCGCAGAUUAUUAAAGUCAUACUAGGGAGGAAUUAAAUACAGUGGAUGGAAGUGUGGCGAAGGUCCGAGAAAUGCUUGCAGCCGUCCUUUAAGCUGGUAUUAGAACUUGUGCGUGUAUGUGGCCGGUCUCAUUCCGCCACCACCUGAAUUACUUAUGUAGUCAGUUUGCCGACCUGUGAUAUAAAUAUUUAUGUAAACCACUGCUGAAAAUCCCUGAUAUGAAGGUACUGGUGUGAAUGGGAAGAACAUCUGAUGUUAUUGUUGUCUUAUGUAUUCUGCUUUGCUAAUGUAUCUUUUACAUUGUUGUAUUUUUUUGUCAACAAGUCCCACAUGAAAAUGUGGCUCUGGUCCCACUCCCCACGUGGCUCUGGUGCCCGCCAGUACCACACCCCACGUGGCUCUGGUGCCCGCCGGUCCCAUGCCCCACAUGGCUUUGGCGCCCGCCGGUCCCGCGCCCCACGUGGCUCUGGCGCCCGCCGGUCCCGCGCCCCACGUGGCUCUGGUGCCCGCCGGUCCCAUGCCCCACGUGGCUCUGGCGCCCGCCGGUCCCACGUGGCUCUGGCGCCCGCCGGUCACGCGCCCCACGUGGCUCUGGCGCCCGCCGGUCCCACGUGUAGCAUAGUUACCUCCUUGUCAACCAGUAUGUAAAUAUAUAUAGAGUAUGUAAUGUCUCCACAGUAGAUACAGUAUAUUCAUUACUUUAUGCGAGUCUAGAGAAAUUGGGUUGUUUUCCUUUAAUUGAACGUUUCCCACUUUUGUUAGAGGUUUAAGAAAUAAACCAGGCUUUGAUCUCUCAUUCCCUUUCUGUAAAUACUUGGAUUUUCCGUCCGAUAAACCAGUGAAAUCCCAAAUGAAUGUACUAAGCAUUUUAUGAGUAUUUAGAUGGCUGAAAAAUGCUCGUGAUUGGAAGGAGUUUCCAAGAAAAUUGACACUUUAUUGCCUGUGCUUGUAAUCCCAGCAGCAAGAAUUGCUAUAACAAUAUGCGGGUACUGUCCAUGGGACAUAAUGUUACACAAGGGGGGACGUAAAGCGCAAGCUGUUAGAGAUGACCCAUCUCCUGCCCACCUACCUGCAGCUACAAAGUGCACCUUUAUCUGGUACCACAGAAGUGUCUGCAUAAACGCCAGACAAGCGUGCAGCCGCUUUAUCUAUAGUGUGGAAACUCUGACCUAGACUAUACAAGGCCAUUCGCACAAUUACUAGUCCUUCAGUUCUGGGACAGAGCUUGGAAAGUAGCAGAUUAGCUAAGAUCCAAUCAUUGCAAACAUAUUAUAUAUAUAUAUAUAUAUAUAUAUAUAUAUAUAUAUAUAUAUAUAUAUAUAUAUAUAUAUAUCACACACACACAGCAUCCGAAAGUAUUCACAGCGCUUCACUUUUUCCACAUUUUGUCAUGUUACAUCCUUAUUCCAAAAUGGAAUAGUUUCAUUUUUCCCCCAAAAUUCUACACACAAUACCCCAUAAUGACAACGUGAAAAAAGUUUUUUUGAGAUUUUUUGCAAAUUUCUUAAGAAUAAAAAACGAAGAAAUCACAUGUACAUAAGUAUUUACAGCCUUUGCUCAAUACUUUGUUGAUGCACCUUUGGCAGCAAUUACAGCCUCAAGUCUUUUUGAACAUGAUGCCACAAGCUUGGCACAACUAUCUUUGGGCAGUUUCGCCCAUUCCUCUUUGCAGCACCUCUUAAGCUCCAUCAGGUGGGUUUGAGAUGCAAAAAUUCAAAGAUUAAAAAAAAAACUUUUUGCCAUUUUGUCUGACAAACCUAAAAAGUCGCUAGCCACUAGUGACGUUUAAUAAGACAUUAGGCAUAAGCUAAUUUAUGGGCUGAGACAGUAUCCAAGAUUGCUUUGAUACAUUUUCAGACCAUAAAUUAGCUAGGAACGAAUUAAUAAGUAACGAAACACAAUGUGACUCAGUCCCCAAAAUGCCUGCCUCUGCUAUCCACUGUAAAAGAAAUCCACAGUGCUUUUUAUGUUGUUUAGUUGAACAUUUAAAGGUUAAUGGAUUUGGAAUAAUAUGUAAUGAUCCAGCAUUGUUAAUAAACAGCAUUUGCAAUAAUCUUGUUUAAUCCCUGCGGGCAUUAAGAUCUGUGCAAUAAUAGCUUGUGUAUUUUUGUACUUUUUAAAGAACCCCAUGUCAGUGACCUAUGCAUCCGUAACUUUAAUAUACUGUCAAAUAUUUAUAUUCAGAGAUUUUUAUGAAACCUAUUUUAACUGCUAUGGAAUGUUAAACGUGAAAGAAUUUUGUUUGAAAAAUGUUUAACCUAAAUAAAGUUUUUAUGUUGAAACACUUCAAACUCCUGA